AAUACACAAUUAGUUUAAUACAUAUUUUAUAGUUUUCUUCCUAGUUUUUUAUUUUCUUAAAGUUUUCUAUUUGUUUUUAGGUCUACAUUACUGUAUAUAAAACUAUAUAUCUAUACAUUGUUUACUUUAUCGAAAUGACAACAUUAACAACCUUUCCGGAAGACGAUCGGUGUCCAAAAGUUUGCAACGAUAUUGGGGCGUUUAAAAAAGCGGAUAAGUCGCCAGAAAAGGCUAAGGAAGAUAUUAAAGCUGCAGAAGAGAAAAGUAAAGAUAUAAAAACAGCUGCCCCUAUUGCUUCCCAAGAAAUGGAAACAUUAAGACCUCCAACAUCAGGUGAAGAAUACCUGCCAAAUCUUAAACCUGGACUGGAUGGUAAGGUAGAUUGGACUCCUCUCAGUGGUAUGACGGGCACUCGACCUGCUGUUAACAAAUAUAGCAUCAGUAGAUAUUCUUUGAAUGAAUGGAGAAAGCACAACGAAGGGGUUCUGGAUCCGGAAAUAUUAACAGAAUCUAAUAUUUUGGAGUAUAAUGCUAAAACUUCGAUGAUGCAAGCGUUCGGCAACAUUGAUAAGCAGCAAAAUGAAAACAACAAGAGAUUAAAACAAAAGGCAAGAGAUAUUUUUAGGUGGAAAGUUGAGGUUGAGCGAGCUUGCAAGGCCAUCACUGACGAAGUGGAGAUGCUAGAAAUCGACAGACAGCGCCUUAAAGGAGCAUCGCGAGUUUUAAUGUUGCCUGAGUCUAUAUCAAAAGAAUGUCUUGAUCUCCGUUCAAACAGAUUUGAACCUGAUUUAGUUGCUGACUUAGCAGAACAAGAGCUAAUAAAAGAAAUGAAGUUGGUUAGUGAAGUACGAGCUACAUUAAAGAAUACACUUAAUCAAAUCAAUGAACAAUUGACUAUCAAUAAAGCCGCUAAACAUAGGAUAGAAUUCGACUGGUGCGAUAAAGAAAUGGCUUACAAUACGGAAACGAUUAACCUGAGUCUUAAUCCUAAAUCCAAUACUAUACUAUUUCGUCCCGGUGCUACACGUUUUGGAGAAUAUUCGGCACCAUUGGAAUAUUGGGAGUAUUUUUGCAGAGAGAAUGUACAAAACUGUGAAUCUGCCAGACAGAAAUCUGCAGAUCUGCGUGGUAGUUUGAACGCUAUUCUUGUAAGCGGUGGUAGAAAACUCCGAAACCAAGCAGAUAGAACUGACAUGGCUCUGGCCGAAACCGUGGCAAUAACUCAGGAAUUGUGCACUAAACUUGAGGAAACCUUGAGAAGUACUCUUCAACGUCUCGCAGAUACUGAAAAUUUAAUUGAUGAAUUACAUUCAUCAAUACGAAAAAUGGACGCAGCUAUGAAGCUCGCUCAAACCAGACUCGACAAUAGAAACAACUGGCGUCCACACGGGGAGAGCGUAAGAGAUCAACCGCAUCUAGGUCUGAUCGAAGAAGUUAAAAAAAUACAUGAAACAUGCACCUCCCUGUAUGGCCAGUUGACCAACGCUGAAAGAGUGAGGAAGGAACUAAUGGCUAAGAGGAUUGUCCUCGAAAAGGACAUAGCAUCCAAAAGGAAGACCUUGAUUAUAGACAGGGAGCGAUGUGGUAUGGUGAGAUCGCAUUAUCCGUCGGCGUCAGAAUUAGCCGGAUUUUAAUUGACUUAUCUUACUUCCCAAAUUUGCAACCAUUUGUAGGUUUAUGUAGCAUUAAAUUAACAAUUAUGUUAAAUAAAGCCAUCAAAAAUGUUUCAAUUAGCUAUUAUAUGCUCUUUGUAAUUGUCUUGUGUAACGAGACUUUCAAAGAAUGUGAAUAUGACUUAUUUCCGCUUUAAA